CAUUUUAAGUUGUUUGUUCUUGUUUCUUUGCCUCAAACGCGACUCAGCCCCGGACCCGGGAGGUUCCCGAGGCAGCCGCCGCUUCUGCAGCCACUCCGGUGCGGGGGGGAAAACGAGGCUGUGGCCCCGCGGACGCUCGCCCUCCUCCACUCCGGCUUUUUUUUUUUUUUUUUUUUUUAACCCCAUUCCUCGGGGCUUCUUGGGACUAUUUGCCUGAAGCAGACUGUCGGGCGAAGUAGGCCUCGGGAGCCGACGCUUGAACUGAGACAACUUUGCCGUGCUCACUCCGCGGACAGGCCGUAGCGCAGGGCUCCCCUCCCCUCCCCAGCCCUCCCGCGCGCUUUCCUCCUUCCUCGCCGUCCCCCCCCUGCGCCGCGUCCUUCCCUCCGUCCUCGCCCGGGGCGCCGAGCCCGACUAUGGGGCCCAGGUGGGGGCUGAGCGGCGGCAGCAGUGCGCGCGGCCCGGCCACAGAGCGCAGCGCAGCGGGCAUGGAGGGGCUCCGUCGGCCCGUCGUGUUCUCUUGACAUGGCUCCCGCCCGCGCCACGAGCAGCGCCCCCGCCGCCGCCGCCGCCUCCUCCGCCGCCGCCGCCGCCGCUCCGCCCGCAGGCUGCGGCUAGACGGCCCUCCCGACGGUCGGCCUGCGAGUCCCGCUCUCCUCUCCGCGGGGACCCCGCCCUGCCGCCUCGAUCCCGGCCUCUGCCCCCUUGGGGAACCACCCAGCCGCCCCCACUCGGGAAACAUGGGCUGUUGAACGGGAAGAGCGAACCCAGAACCCCGGGAACUUCAUUCCUUUCUUCUUUUGGGGGGGUGGGUGGGCUUCUUUUAAGAAGUAAUUCUUAUUAACACGAUUAUUUUUCUUCUUUUCCCUUCCAACUGAUCCCACUUACUCUCUCUCUCUUUCCGCCUCCUCUACCCGGGCGGGAAUUGUUUCCACGGUGAAAUGAGUGAGAACCCGAGUGAUCCAGUGUCUUCCGUGGUGCGAGUGAGUCGCUGCCGCUGAAGGCGAGGGGUGGGGGUGGGACCUGGGGUUCGAAGGCAGGUGAUCCCCGGGCCCGGCCUGGGACGUGGGGAGAACCCGCCACCAUUGCCUCAGCCAUGCUCACACGAAGAUAAUAGAACUCCCCACCAUCCCGAACCUGAACAGGGUCAAAUUUAUACGGAGGGCUCCCCGGGGAAUGUAGAACCCACCUCAGGGCUGAGGGUGCUUGGAUCCCGGGCAUUAAUCAGGGCUAAUCACGGAGCCGGAAUAACUAUUAAUACCGUCUAAUCGAUCCCCCUUUCCCUCUGCCAUCAUGGUUCUCCUUGGCAGCAGCGUUGGCAGCCGCCUGAGGGUGAAAACGUGGGUAAUGGGGAAGUUGGUAAUGACUCCGCUGUUUGUUCUCAUGGCUCCUUUGGGCAACAGCUGUCCGCCCCCGGUAUACACUGUAGUUGAUUGCAGGGAAACCCUGUACCUCUCCCCUUCUUUCUCUGCUGAUUUUGCACUUUUCUCUUUGCUCACCACCAAGUGUAAUCAAUAGCAAAGCACUGACAGUACAUAGCAGUAGUGAAAUCUGAAAUAACUAAGAAUUAAUCAGGUACUACAGCCAUGGAUCUGGCUGGGUAAAAUCCAACUGGGGAUUUCAGUUUCAUUCACCUACCCUGUUUUGGUGGUUUUUGUUUUUGUUUCUUUCCUUUUCUAUAUUUGGGAAACAACAUCACAAUUUCCCCUCCUUUUUUCCUUUUCUUAAUCCCUUUUCUUAAAGGGGGGAAAAUCCGGAUGGAUUUCAAGGAUUGGACUGGUGUCAACUGUGUUUUAUUGCACACCUAAAUCCUGAUGAUAGGUUUUUCAUUUUCCCCUCAAAGCCUUUUAUUUUGGCAGUUUAGCCAAAUGUGUUUUCCAGAAAGUUAGUUCGAAGUUUUUUCUCCUCUUAUCUUCCUCGCCUUCCCCUUUCCCAUCUCUACCCCAAACAUUAUUGUCCAAACAUGACUGGACAGCAACUUUUGUUUCUUGACCCUGUGGUAUGACAGUCUGCUAAUAUUGCCAGAAAGUGCAGUUUGGGGGUUACAGUUGUGAUUUUAGCUAUUCAAUCAUAUUAGCAGGAAAAAAAAUGACUUGUUUCUGUUGUACUUGAGUCUUAAGAAAAAGUGCCCAUAGUUUAGUGACAAUUUCCAAAGGCUUUAGUACCACCUGUAUUUCAAAAUGGGGGACCCAAACUCCCGGAAGAAACAAGCUCUGAACAGACUACGUGCUCAGCUUAGAAAGAAAAAAGAAUCUCUAGCUGACCAGUUUGACUUCAAGAUGUAUAUUGCCUUUGUGUUCAAGGAGAAGAAGAAAAAGUCAGCACUUUUUGAAGUGUCUGAGGUUAUACCAGUCAUGACAAAUAAUUAUGAAGAAAAUAUUCUGAAAGGUGUGCGAGAUUCCAGCUAUUCCUUGGAAAGUUCUAUAGAGCUUCUGCAGAAGGAUGUGGUACAGCUCCAUGCUCCUCGAUACCAGUCUAUGAGAAGGGAUGUAAUUGGCUGUACUCAGGAGAUGGAUUUCAUUCUUUGGCCUCGGAAUGAUAUUGAGAAAAUUGUUUGUCUCCUGUUUUCUAGGUGGAAGGAAUCUGAUGAACCUUUUAGGCCUGUUCAGGCCAAAUUUGAAUUUCAUCACGGUGACUAUGAGAAACAGUUUCUGCAUGUACUGAGCCGCAAGGACAAGACAGGAAUUGUUGUCAACAAUCCUAACCAGUCAGUGUUUCUCUUCAUUGACAGACAGCAUUUGCAGACUCCAAAAAACAAAGCCACCAUCUUCAAGUUAUGCAGCAUCUGCCUCUACCUGCCACAGGAACAGCUCACCCACUGGGCAGUUGGCACCAUAGAGGAUCACCUCCGUCCUUACAUGCCAGAGUAAAUAAGAGCAUUGACCAGCAAAAUGGAGAAGACCAGAGAAUGCAGCAGCGAUUUUCUUUUCUUGUUUUCUUACCACUUUUCUUUCAGAGUUUAAAGAAAAUGGACUCAUGCACAGAACACUAUGCAUUUUGAAACUUGUUCAUCCUGGAUUUAUUUUAAUCAUUUGUAUCACAGAACUUUAAAAAAAAAAAUUAGAUGUCUUCUGCACGGACUGUGUGAAAGAAGGUGCUUUGCAGAUUGCUGCACUGCAUCGGCAUCUUACUAAAAUGUGAAGGAAGGACUAUUGUACACUGAAAUGCUUAAUGUAUCUGAAAGCACAGGUGAUGCUCAGUGUUGUGGUCUUCAUGUUUGUGCUGGUUUUUGCCUCUGACAUCUGUCAUCAGUAUUGAGGGUGAGAGUGAAUGUAACAGGUAUAAAUAACACUUAAAAACUUAAUAGCUUUGCUAUAAUCACCGAUGUUCCAGAGCACUGUCAGAUUCAUUCUAAUGACCAGAAUGGUUGUUACAAAAAGAAAUUACAACCAAGGGAAAGAAAUCCUAAUGAAAAAAGCAUCUCAUUGAGGUACUUCUACCUCAUGUGCACUGGGCCAUGUUUGUUUUCUUGGUACUCAUUAGUACAUGUAUUUUUUCCCAGAUCUCUUUCCCCGAGUUGCUGUUAUAGAGUACUCUGCUGUGUGCAGAUGCGUUUACACACAUUAAAGCAGAUCUGGAGUCUGGCGUGGCUAAAUGCAGCUAUAAAACCAAGGAACAUUCAUAGCUGCAAAAACCAUCAUAGUAGAGGACUUUUUGGUUUUUGUUUUGUUUUGGUGUUAGAAAAUUUAAUUACAAAUAAAAAAAUCCAGUGAAUUUUGCAGAAAUACUGGUUUCUACACCAUCCUAAAGAAGUUGAGUGUUUGGAAUAGAAAAAAAGAUAAAGUGGGGAUCUUACGUUGUAAAAAUAACCAGAGUGUCAAGAGUUCUGAAAGCAGAACUCAUUUGUGCAAUGAACAUAAGGAAAGACUACUGUAUAGCUUUUUUAUUUUUAUUUUUUGGUUUUGUUUUGUUUUUUUUCUUUGAAAUGAAGAAAAGCUUUGCUUAAGGGUUGCAUACUUUUAUUGGAGUAAAUCGGAAUGAUCCUACUCCAUUGGAGUAAACUAGUGCUUACUGGUUUCCAUUUGUAUUUAGCUUCUGGUUGGAAUUUGGAAAAAAUGAAACCUAAAUAAAAUAGGUGAAAGCUUCUUGCCUAUUCAGAUGAA